UUUUCAAAUCUUUACCAUUACUUGCUGUUUUAUCUCCGCCUUCCUCUUCUGCAGGAAAUAUUAUUUCCUACUUCUGCACACCAAGUUUCUACCUCCAGAUCUGUUUGGUUCAGUUGCUGAGAAGCCUGACCCUCCUGUGCCACUUGGGAGAAGCCAUUUGCCGCACGGAGAAAGAUGGAUGACAAUGGCACAUUUGCCCAGGCCGGCUACAGCGCGCAGCCCACGUCGCAUUCUCUGUUUACAUCCAAUAUCCAGGCCAGCAAUGAAGAACCCACCACCAAUUAUGACUAUGAUUACAGCUUGCCCUGUCUGAAGGACAAUGUGAGACAGACUGUAGUUGGGCUCCUGCCUCCGCUCUACUCGCUGGUGUUCAUCUUUGGUUUCGUGGGCAACAUGCUGGUUGUCCUCAUCCUCAUCAACUGCAAAAGGCUGAAGAGCAUGACUGACAUCUACCUGCUCAAUCUGGCCAUCUCCGACCUGCUCUUCCUUCUCACUAUCCCGUUCUGGGCCUACUAUGCCGUGCACGGGUGGCUCUUGGGGGAGGUGAUGUGUAAGUCAUUUACCGGGCUGUAUCACGUUGGGUAUUUUGGAGGAAACUUCUUCAUCAUCCUCUUGACCAUCGACAGGUACCUGGCGAUCGUCCACGCUGUGUUUGCAUUAAAGGCCAGGACGGUCACCUUUGGGGUGUUGACAAGUGGAGUCACCUGGGCGGUGGCCGUCUUCGCUGCUCUCCCCGGGAUCGUCUUCGGGGGACUGGAAAAGGAGCAUAAUAUUACCUUGUGCAGCUCUCAAUUUCCAAAAGCAUGGAAGAAUUUCCAUACAAUCAUGAGGAGCCUCUUGGGCCUGGUCCUGCCCUUGCUCGUCAUGGUCAUCUGCUACUCGGCCAUCCUCAAGACCCUGCUUCGGUGCCGAAAUGAAAAGAAGAGGCACAAAGCAGUGAAGCUCAUUUUUGUGAUCAUGAUUGUUUACUUUCUUUUCUGGGCUCCCAACAACAUCGUGCUUCUCCUGAGCACCUUCCAGGAAUCCUUUAAUGUGAGCAACUGUCAGAGCACCAGUCAGCUGGACCAAAUCAUGCAGGUGACGGAGACCCUUGGGAUGACGCACUGUUGUGUCAACCCCAUCAUCUAUGCCUUCGUGGGAGAGAAGUUCAGAAGGUACCUCUCCGUGUUCUUCCGAAAGCACAUCGCCAAACACCUCUGCAAACAGUGCCCAGUCUUCUAUGGGGAGCCCGCGGAUCGAGUGAGUUCCACAUACACACCUUCCACGGGGGAACAGGAGGUCUCAGUUGGCUUGUAGAGGAGUAGCAGCUUGCUUCUUGUUUUUGAUGGGGGACGGCAAUCGGUUUAUGAUAAUAAAGCCUCAAAGGUCUGUUGAAGAAGGGAGGCCUGUGAGCUUCUGAGGUGAGUGCCCAGGAACCUCAGGGUCAUGGGCACCAAGACAGACUUUGUCCCUCCCUGGGUAGCCAACUCACACUCAGGGGAUAGUCCAGAACAACUGUGGGUAGAGACCAGGACUUCUCCAAUGAGCUCCUCCCAGUUCCUGAAAAAUGCCACAUCUGGAAAAUACUUAUGCACUUCUCCCAGCCUUCACCUUCGCUUCAGUAGCUCUGCAAUGCUAUCCCUUUGGACAGGGGCUCAGCUGGAGGGGGGAGGGGGGCGAGUGGGCACAGUGGAUGGCGUGAGGGGGCGUGGGGUCAGGGCUAAGUGCCAGGAGGUGGUAGGUGUAGGCAUGACUGAGCCUGGGUGAGGAGGAAAGGAAGGUCUUCGUUGGUCCAGCCAGAUAGUUGUGCUACCCCCAGCCCUGCCUCCCACUGAUAUUAACCUGGAAGGCCCCACCGGCUCAGGGAGAGCUUGGGAACCCCAAGAACCCUCUGAGAGCUUCUUUUGGGUCCGAUCACCUCUCCCGUGUAAGUACAUGACACAUUUUUACUAAUUUGCCAUCUAUCCAUGACAACCACGCAGCCUGCACUGGAAAUCUCUUAAAUAUUAUGCCCCACUGUUCACGUGUGUUGUAAGCCACAUUCCCGCUAUGUAAAAACGCAUGAACAUGUCUGUUUAUAUAGUCUGUGUCGUCUAUAAUGAGAUGAAAAAUAAAAACCCUCGUUCGGUCUGGGCAGGGAAAGGAAAGUUUUGCAGGUAGGGAUAGGGAGAAGGCAUGAAGAUGUAUGACCCUGCAUCAGGAAGGCAGGAGCAAGAGCUUGGGAGACCGUGUAAGCCCCUCCCCCCCGGCCCCCCCACCCUGCCACCCACUGCCCCGCCCCCACAGUGAUGUUUCCAGAAUCAACUAGGAGGAAAGACCAGGAAGGAUAUGUCAGAACCUGUAGAGGCCUCAAGUCUUUGGAUCUGAUUGUGCUUAUCUUCUUGUUACCUGUCCCUGCUGCCCUGGCCCCACCUGCUCCCCCUUCAACCCCCAGAUGUCAUCAUAUCACUCUUGCCCAAAAGAUUGCCCUUCCCCAGAACCAGCUCAUGGAGGUCCAGGAGAGUAGCCUUGGGGAGUAGAAAACGGUGCAGCCAGAACUCCUCCGUGUGCUCAGGAGAUGGGGAGCAACCGGUGGGAGUCCUGGGGUGUGUCUCCAGGACAGAGAAGGGGCCGGGAGACAUGACAGAGGCCCUUGCCUUAGAAGUCUUACCCCAGCCUGUGAAUCUUGGGAUCUAACCGGCCAGAUUGGGUCAACCUACACAAGGAAGACUCUAGAAGGAUUGGGAGAAAGUGUACCUUCCAGCUCCUCAUUUUUGGGUCCAGGCAUAGAGUUCGCAUAUGUAAAAAUAACAAUAAUAAUAAAGUAAAAAGAAAAGUAAAGCUGGAACUGUAACUUGCAAAUGGGGCAGAAUAUCAUUUUAAGAGUUGCCUAGUAGGUCAAUCCUGAAAAUACUGUAUUAGUCACAGAGAGAAUUCUGGUUUUGAGCUUAGAUCAUUGGAGCCUGUGGUAUGUUUGGGAGGCUACCAAUUCAGCAUGAACAGUUGUUGAUCGGGGAGUCCGGGGUCUGGGCUAUGGGCUUACGAGCUCAUGGUGAUGUAACGUCUAACUCCUACCAUUUCAAUCACAGCACACACCCCACAGGCAGCAUCUCAACUGGGUCUUUAUUCUCACAGCCUUGCAGCCACAAAUCCCAUAUCAUUAUGAAGUCUAGGAAGUCAUGGGUUUGAUCGUGUUCAAAUCCUUCCGUGCUCUGCAAAUGUCAUUCAUGUUCCAACUGUCCGGUUUGGAGUGGGAACUCCUAAGUCACCCUGGCCCCUAAUCGAAUUUUUAAACCCAAUUUACAAAGGAGAGGAGUUGGCUCACUUAAGUCAGCAAAGAUUUUUAUCUUGGGCGAGCCAAGAAUGUGCACACGUGUGACCCAGUGCAUUUCUGAUCUGGCACAAGCAGGAAACACAGGGUUUCUGGAACCUGGCAGCUCAGGAGCUCUAAGUGACAACGUUUUCCUUUCCUGGUUCAUGGCCAAGAAGGUUUCAGAAAGAAGUGCGUGUGUUUGGGGUGGGGAGAGCAAGCUUUGCCUUCCGAUAUUUGUAGUAUCCUCAUGAAUACAUGAAAUUUGGUUUGGAUGAUGAAAUGUAAAUAUUGGGGAUUUUUUUAUUAACAUAUCAUGUAUUAUUAGCCCCAGGGGUACAGGUCUGUGAAUCGCCAGGUUUACACACUUCACAGCACUCACCAUACCACAUACCCUCCCCAAUGCCCAUAACCCC